CAUGGGGAGAAUCCUUAGAGCCUCUCCGCGCCAGCGCUCUCGCACUUUGGCUCCAUGAGUUAGUCUGGUCGUUUGCAAUCGGUGAAGCCGCGGCUGUGGACGGCAGGGCCAGCUUCGCGCUUCUUGGAUCUUUCAACCACUUCGAUGUGGCCCUGAUGGUGCCCUGGACUCGUGACGCUCUGGAGCGAAUUUAAGAAGAUUUUGUUCAUGUGUAUGGCAUAGAAGAUGAAUUCUUCCACCUCCACCAUGAAUGAAGAACCUGAUGCUCUAUCAGUAGUUAACCAGCUACGGGAUCUAGCAGCAGAUCCAUUAAAUAGAAGAGCCAUUGUUCAGGAUCAAGGAUGUCUGCCUGGCCUUAUUUUAUUUAUGGACCAUCCUAAUCCCCCUGUUGUCCACUCGGCUUUACUAGCGCUUCGAUACUUGGCGGAAUGCCGUGCUAACAGAGAAAAGAUGAAAGGAGAGCUGGGUAUGAUGUUAAGCUUGCAAAAUGUUAUACAGAAGACUACAACUCCAGGGGAAACGAAACUGCUGGCCUCUGAAAUCUAUGACAUUCUCCAAUCUUCCAACAUGGCAGAUGGUGAUAGUUUCAAUGAAAUGAAUUCACGUCGAAGGAAAGCUCAGUUUUUUCUGGGAACUACAAACAAACGUGCCAAAACAGUGGUUUUGCAUAUAGAUGGUCUUGAUGAUACGUCUCGGAGAAAUCUGUGUGAAGAGGCUUUGUUAAAAAUUAAAGGCGUUAUUAGCUUUACUUUUCAAAUGGCCGUUCAAAGAUGUGUGGUGCGAAUCCGUUCAGAUUUGAAAGCAGAGGCUUUGGCAUCAGCAAUAGCAUCAACAAAAGUUAUGAAAGCUCAGCAAGUUGUGAAAAGUGAAAGUGGAGAAGAGAUGCUGGUCCCAUUCCAAGAUACACCUGUGGAAGUAGAGCAGAAUACAGAACUGCCUGACUACCUGCCUGAGGAUGAGAGUCCCACAAAGGAGCAGGACAAAGCAGUGUCCCGGGUUGGCUCACACCCAGAAGGUGGAGCUAGCUGGCUGAGCACAGCUGCAAACUUUUUAUCCAGAUCAUUUUAUUGGUGACUUCAAUUUGUGGCUCAAGGACUGUGUGAACCAACAAGGGGCCAGUUUUCCAUUGUUGUGGUGAACUGUCAAGUGCAAUUUGCAAUAAGUUAUCAUGAAAAGUUUUUAGAUUACAUAAUUGUGUAUGCUGCAUUUUACAUAUUUUUUUUUUUGGACAUUUAUCCCAAGUGGUAAAAAGGACAGAGGCUACAAGUGGAGUUGCUUUGUUUAUGAAGGUAUUUUGGUUCUAUUUUCCUUGUUUAAUUGCCUCACUUUUAUAAAAACAUGGGUCCAUCAUUAAACCAAACAUGUGCAGCUUUAUAUUUCAUUUUAUAUGAAGCACGUGAUUAGGAAAACUUAUUUUCUCCUCAAGCCUCAGGACCUAUCUGAAGAAAAGUUUUUUAGUUCAAGUUGUGCAUGAAUUACUGAACAUUUUUCUCUGCUUUUCUUCAAGAAAGAUACUUGCUUUGGUACUCUUCACUGAAAGUUAAAAACAUGUCUCAUUACUCCCCUCUUGUGCCUUUUUUAUUUUGCCAACCAUGUUCUAGAAAACACAUCACUAAUGACAUUUUGUGGAUUAAAAAUAUAUUCAUUUAAAUGUAGUGGUCCUCUAAAAAUAUAACUUAGCAAAAAGUUUGCAAUUUGUUAUUAUAAUUUUAAUAAGAUCAAUACAAAAUCAGUCAUGAAGAAGGAAGCAUCUAUUAUCAGCAAAGUGCUAUUGGAGACUUUGAAUGUGGCCAAAUGUGGUUCUAACUGACUGCCAUUCAGUUUGGUUUAUAUCAGUUCUUGAGAGUUUUGUCCACCAUAAUAUUGGGAGCAACUGUAAAUGGCCUCCAGACCUUACUUUGUGAUUAUAUACAAUCCCCUGGGAAAAAAUACAGUAGUAAAAAACUGACAAACUUGAAAAAAGAAAAUAAGCUGAAUGCCUAUAAUGCCAUAGUGCCACUUGGUAGAGUCUAAGAUACAAAUUGCUUGGUACAUGCCCAUUCAGUAGGUGUUUCCUUGUAUUGCCUUUUAUAAAUUUAUUAUGAACAUGUGGUCAUACUGAAUGAGAAAAAAAAAGACUCAAAUUAUUGCUAUAAAAAAAUAAAGCCAGCAUCGGUCUAUUCAUUCUUGUUUUUUAUGUCAAACCGGAAAAAAAAAAAUCUUCAAGUGGAGGUAAGAUAAGUAAAUAUACAUAUGUAUGCACACACAUAUAUAUUUUGGUAGAUAAGAGCUAACUACAUAUAUGUAAUGCUUUACUAAAUUUCUGAAUUAUUUGGCAACUAAAAUUUUCUUUUUGGAAAUCCAACUAAAUCCAGAUCAAUUUUAAUAUUAAUAUGGUUAUAAACUAAUAAAUUGAAAUUCUUUUCAUCAACAUGUAGAGCUGCUAUUUUACUACUUAGAGAAUAUGGAGUGAAAAUUGGAUCCUGGAGGGUUUUCUUGUAUUUCAUGGCUUCUCUUUUAGAGAAAAUUUAAAGCAUCCAGUGUUACUGGAGAAAAAAUAAGUGAAAUACCAUCAGCAACAAGAUUUUGAGUUCACACACCUUGGGCUCUGAUUUCAUGUGACACAUACAAUUGAAAAUAAUAAGCUUUCCAGGCUUGUAUUGCUUCAAACGCACAAUACUGCUGCCAGAACCAGAUAUGUUGAAAAAAGAAAACAAAAACCAGCUCCUUUCUAUAGCCAUUAAAACAAAGUUUACUGUUCUAACAAGUUUGUAUUUUGUUUUGCAUUGCCACACAUCUGCUUAUUUAAAAAACUACAUCCCUUUGGUGGUAAUGGUACAGUGCAAGUCGGUAUUACAGCUUGCUGUUUGUGUGUUCUAAUUCUAAGUGUUCUUUUAUUCCAGGUCUUAUAGAGCAAUUAAGGCAACUGUAAUGCAUUUUUUUUUGAAAUAUAUUGUAAAAUAAUAAAAGGUAACAUAAUUAAAAUUGGAAUGGCUGUUGCGCUUUGUGGAAUAAGUAUUA